ACGGCCGCGCCCUGGGCCCUGAUUUUCUUGCGUCCCUGAGUGGAGGCGUCGGUGUCAACAGCGGGAGCCGAUGCCGUCUUAGCAAUAUUCUCCCGGCCCGAGGGCUGUAGAGACGCUUAUACAGCUACAACCCCGAACGAGGUACAAACAUGAUCGGUACCUUGUGCCUGAACGGUCUUUCCCACCUCUCUCCCGCUGCCUGCCUGCCGCCGCGCCGCGUCGGCUGCGAAUUGCAGACAAGGGGCACUCCCGUCGUUCGGCCUGCAGCACCAACAAAACCAGCAUAUAAGCGAGAGUUGCCACCGACGGUCUCCCUCCUGCUCCUCAUCGUCUUCUCCUCACGCCCCCUCCCCAUCAACACUCAUUUGACCAUCAUGCCUUCUUUUCGUCAACUCACCAGCCUCGUCGCCAUCACCUUGUCCCUAGCCGCUGCAACGACCAAUGCGCGUUUCGAAGUCGCCAGGGGUCCUCCCCAGCCUGUCAUGGUCAGCCGCUCGCCCAACGCUGCCAGGAGUCUCUUGACCGAAAGGGAGGUUGAAGAUGGUGUCAUGCACCUUCCUUUGGUCCGGAUGUCAAGCCAGAGCAGUGACGCCAGCAAGGUCCUACAGCGAAGAGGCGCCAAGGCUGAGAGUGUCCACAUCAACUUUGACACCUUUGGUAUUGAGGUGCAGAUCAACGGCAAGCCCUACGUCUACGAAUUCAUCGGUAACAGCGACGCCGUCAUGGGUUACAACAUCAAGGAUGAUGCCCAUGCUUGGAAUCCUACCAAGGACAAGGGAGCUCACACCAGCGGCCCCACAGUCACCAACGUCUACAAGAAGACCGCCGAGCAGUACAAGGUCGACACUGUCUCCCUUGGCAAGACGACCUUGAAGGACAUGACGCUUUUGUACGAGGAGCCCAUCGCCAAAUCUCCUCCUGGACGUCCUGUUGGAAAUUUCGGCUUUGGACUUUCAGGCUCAUCUGCUUGGAAGAGCUUCGAGGCUCCAGGAUUCUUGACACGCGUCCACAACACCAAGGCCUGGCCCAAGAACAUCUUCUCCGUGCAGUUGAACCGGGCUAAUGACAAACCUUCUAUCCUCGUACUCGGCGACGCACCCAAGGACAGCUUCUGGUCUCCUAGCCAGAAGAACUCGUGGGCUCUGAACGUCGAGAUCGGCGGCCACAAGGGUAUGGCUGACUUCACCACUACCACCGACGGCAUCGUGGUGCCCGUUGAUGUCGCCGUCGAUCUCAUCAAGCAAGCUGGUCUUAGUCCCCAGAAGGACAAGGACGGCAACAUCUAUGCUACCACCGACUGCAAGCAGACGCUUCCUGAUCUGUACGUCAAGCUCCAGGGAGGACGCAUGAAGUUCGUAUCCGAGUCUCAAUACUACCCCAACGACAAGGGCGAUGGAUGCUUGUACAUCAUCAAGGGCAUGGAGCAGGGUGACUACCCUACACCUUACUCUCUGGGACUGCUCGUGUACGCCAAUUUUGAUUUGUCGUUUGACUUUACCCCAAGCCGACCUAUGAUUGGGGUAUACGGUCUGACCAAGUAGAGGCUGUCAAUAGUACGAUACAGUCGUUUUUGCCGCAGGAGGAAGGUCCCAACGCCUGACUUCGCGUCAUAUCGCCUUUUGGUGGCCCGUGCGCCUCGGCGCUUGCUCCUUUCCGCUGUAUUCCGAGAUUUCAUCAGUCGACAGUGUCUUUGCUCUGCGAAACUUGUCCCCUCCAAAUUUGUCACCUUCCAUUUGCCCCUGAAAUUAAUGACCGAGCCCACUUUCCCUUCAUCAGAAUGCUUUCUUCGUGUGACCAAAGCUUGCUGGCGACUGUGAUUUGACCAUUGCACAAGGACUUCGCCAAGAGCAGGGACGCGAGGUAGCUCUUGAACCAAUUGGGCCGUACCUGAUGAAGAAC